CAUCACAGAUGGAUCGAAGUUGGAUGAAUGAAAGUCGCAUCAGCCCAGAAUAUGAGGAAGGCGUCGAGCAAUUCUUACAAUUUGCUUCACAAAGAGGUCAACCGGAUGAAGAUGGAAAAUAUUAUUGUCCUUGCAUCAAUUGUUUGAACGGAAGACGACAAAUACUGGAUGACAUACGAGAGCAUCUGUUGUGUGAUGGAAUUAAGAGAAAUUAUACGACGUGGAUAUGGCAUGGUGAAAUGACAGACAUUCAGAGUGGGCAACAAUCCGAACCGUUUGAUGUAGAAAUGGGAGAUCGCUUGGAGGAUAUGAUUCGUGACCUUGGACAAGAGUCUUUCCAGCAAGCACAUGCCCCUGUGUAUGAAAGAUUGCAGGGUGACUCAAAGAAGCCUUUGUAUUCGGGGUGCAACAAUUCCUUGACGCUAUUGUCGGCGGUGUUAAGUCUGGUUAAUGUCAAGGCCAGAUAUGGAUGGAGUGACAAAAGCUUUACUUCAUUGCUUCAAAUAGUGCACGAUCUGCUUCCACAGGAUAACACAUUGCCUAAAAGCUACUAUCAGGCAAAGAAGAUAUUGUGUCCGAUGGGUAUGGAGUAUCAGAAGAUUCAUGCUUGCCCUAAUGAUUGCAUACUCAAAGUCCUUGAUCCGGUCAAGUUUGAUGACUUGGAAAACGAGGCUGUAAUUAUACUGUGCUAG